UAAAUAAAAAAGAACUUUGUCAGAACCGUGAGGAGGGAGCUCUCUGCCACAUUCAGACCCAGAGAGGAGACGCGUCCUGGUCCAGAUCGGUACCAGACCGCUCUUUGCUUUUCAACACGUUCACUGCGUUUUUUUUUUUUUUAAUAAAUCCAGAUUAUUAGGACUUUAUGGGAGCUGAGUCUGAAGGAUUAACAGUGUUCGGUUCGGAUUUCUUGGCCUAGUUUGGACUGUUUUUCUGGAUUAAAGGCGCGCAGGUACGGUCCGGUUUGGAGAGACUGGUUCCUGUGACUUUUUAUUCGCAGCAAAUGGACUCAGAUUAGAAACCUUUUUUUUCCUGCUAGCUGAACUCUUGAUCUGAACUUUCAAAACUUCCAGGAUUGUUUGUUCUUAAAGAAAAGUCUCGGUGGUUUAAAACAGGAGAAAGGGUUUGUGCGUCUUUGAGGUGGUUUUUUUUCUCUUUUUACUUGAGCCGUCCCAGAGAUGGUGGGGCACCUUCACCUACAAGCGAUGGAUGACAGCCUGAAAGGAAAGAACCGGGAAGGGCUGCUCGACAGCCCGGACUCGGGCUUGCCCCCCAGUCCCAGYCCGCCCUUCUGCUCCCUGUCCCCGGCCCCGAUGGAGCCGCGCUCCGGCAGCUGCUCCGCGGUCCUCAACCAGCAGAGCUGCGCGCACAGGAAGGACAGCAAGGAGGGCAAACUGCUGCCCUACCUGCUGCUGAACUGUGCAGGAACAGACCCCAAGACUCGAAUGCACCCAGUGUUCUUUGGAGAGAGCAUCGAAGUGAACCCCAAACCAGAGCAGGAAAUCAGGUGCUCCUCUGAGGUGAAGUACGACUCUGACAAGCACUACAAGAACCAGGUGCUGUGCGCCCCCGUCCCCACGCCCACCUCCUUCAGCGAGACGGUGGUGGUGGUGCAGAACUGCACCUGGAGGAGCUACAAGACGCAGGUGUACCUGGAGCCCCGGCAGAAGCCCCUCAGGUACCAGAGCACCACCAUCAUCUACCCCAAACACGCCAGGAACACUUACCGCACCACGCUCAACUACAACGCCACGGGCUCCCGCCGCUGGUUCGUCUCCACGGUGCAGCUGGAGUCCAGCGAGGACACGAGCCCCUGCAUCAUCUACACCGAGGACCUGUAGAGGCCGGAGCAGGGCCACAUCCUGAGCAGCAGAGGGCCUUCUCUUUUACUUUAACAUAAAAACAAAACUUUUUUUUAGAGGAUGGAGGACUUUGAAAUGUCCAAAAAAUAAUAAUAAACUGGAUCCAUUUAAAA